GCGCAAGUGUGGAUGUGAAAAUAGAUUUGUAUGGGACUCGACUGAUUGAACUAUGUAAAGCUCAAUAAAUGGUAAUAAUGAACGGCCGAUGUGGCCUCGACAACAAGAUAGGAAAAUCAACAACCAGAGACAUUUCCGUAAUUGAUUAUGUAAUUGUUACCGCAUCUUUACUGUGCGAGAUAAAUGAAUUUAAAGUGUGUGAUUUUAAUGGAAUAAUUUCGGACAUACAUUGUGGAAUUGACUUUAACAUCUCAGCCCCAAUACAGCACAAACCCUCUGAUUCACAACCUGGAAUUAAUGAACCGGCAAAUCUACAAAAAAGACCAAAAAGAUGGGAAAGUAAUCAAUCCACUUAUUUUUGUGAAAACAUUGAGGAUUCAAUGGUCGAUACUAUUACUGAAAAGC